UUGGAACUCUUCAGGCGAAAUGUAUACAAUAUUUUCACAGAACUGUGCAGAUAAAGUUAUGCUUAAAAAAAAAAACAAGCAUUAGAUGAAUUAGGAAGUUCACAGAAUCAACCACUAGGGGGCGACUGGUCUGCUCACCAAAUACUAAAAAGUCAAAGUCAAAGUCAGCUUUAUUGCAAUCUAUUGCAAUCGUGAAAUCGAGUCGACCUAUUUACACCUAAGAUUUUUUAACAAGCUGGUAUGUUUAUGUUGGCAGCUUAUUCUAUUUGCAUGCAGCAUUAUAGCUAAAUGCUAUUUCACCAUGUUUCAGUAAACUCUGGACUACACUAAUUGACCCAAGCCUGCAGAUCACAGAGUUUACAUUCCAUCAGCAUUUCUUACGUAUUGAGUAGUCAAACUAUUCAGUGGCUUAUAGACAACUAGCACAAAAUGUAAAUCUAUUCUACAGCUGAUUGGGAGUCGGCAUAAAGCCUUUAGGAUUGGAAUAAUAUGUUCUGAUCUUUUCGUCUGUUCUCGUGAUGUCUGAAACUUGGUGUUUAAAUUGUUGUGACUUAUCCAAAAUCCACUGGGAGGAAACCCUGAGGAAGAUGCCUGGAAAUCCCCAUGGAAGAUCUGGGCGAAGUGACUUCGGAGAGUACAAUGUACCCUGAGAAAACUCUUGCAAGUCUGGGGAGGACAAUAAAACUCCACACACAAAGAAGGACUGAAGCUGGAAUUGAACCUCAAAACUGGGGCAGAGGAAGGCGAGGCUCUGUUGUCAUAUCUGUCAGUCUCGCCGGGACUGGCCCCUCCUACAUCAGCAGAGGCAUUACAUACUGCUGGUCCUUGUGCUCUUAGCAACGGUGCCUCAGCAACAGAGCCCAGGCAACAGAGCUCCACGGCAACAGAGUGCCGUGUCUCCCCAAUGGAGCUGCCAUUGGGCGGACCAGCGCUCAGGCACUACACCCAAAGCCGACCGAGACCUCACCGCCAAAAACUCAACUAUCGUCCCAGCAGACCACAGGCUCAUCAUGUUGUCACAUAGCUCUUUGGAUGUAGACAUCCAGUCACUCCCUUGGAGCCAGUGGUCAGGGAGACAAAAUCCAAGCAAUUCCCUUGACACGGAGACAAUAAUUGAGAGUGAAAAUGAAGUCCUUGAGUUCAUCGGGCGUGUAGAUGAAGGUGUGGAGGAGUUCUUUACAAAGAGAGUUCUUCCUGCUGAUACAGAGCAAAAGCAAAAUGAGGAACCAGAGUCCAUCACAGUGGAUGAAGUGGUUCCUGCAACCUCUGUCCCCUGUCCACCCCCGACAAAAACUCUCAGGAGGAAGCUCGGGGAUUUCUUUACCCUCCGAAAGCGGCGUGGCCUGAAAUCGGAGCCGAGCCACGAGGGUCGACCCAAGAAGGCCUCCAUCGCUGAUCUCAUUCGCCCUCUUAGGGAGGCGGCCAAGUCUGAUAAAGAAAAAGAUAAGGACAGAGUAAAGGAACAUGACAAGGAGAAUGAAAAGGAGAAAGGGACAGAGCAGCCGGGUGGUGUUACUGGAGAGUCAACGGUGCAGGAAACACCUGCCUCUGAUGUUCCUCCACUGAGGGGUGAAGUGGCACCACCUCGUCGUGCUCUCAGGGAAGGGAAGUCCCAAUCUCUUAUUUUACUGUCUGGAUCAGCAGCAGGCGCUGCCAAUGGCAGAAAGAAACAAUUUGAAGGCCAACAUAGCUUCGAACAGAAACUUCAUCUUAUGCUUCAGCGGAUCGGGGUUUCCAAAGCACAGCCAGAAGAGACGCAGAAUCCAGAGAGAGAGAUGAAAAAGGCAGAAUCUGAAGGCACCAUUAUUGACAGUAAAGUUGAGCCAACCCCAACUUUCACAAAACAUAGAACUAUGUCAGCAUCCUCAGAUACAAGGCGUCAAAUACGUCCAAGCGUGUCAGCACAUGAGUCAGCUGGAAAACCGGCUUUACCCCCAAAGCCUGUGCUCAAGCCUGGUCCGGGCCCCGCAACAUCUGGCCGCAACACGCCUGAGAAUGACUUGGUUCAAAUAGAGGAGGGGGAAACAAGCACACCCACUGAAGAAAAAAGUCCAAACGCGGCUCCAUCUGGCCCCGCUACUCCUGCUGUAAUGUCAAAUGCCAGCCUUGACUUGGCUGACGUUACUAUUUCCUCUUCUAGUACUGCAACUUCAGACUCAGAUGUGCUUGCUGUUAACACCACUGCAACAAUCGCAAACGGUACAGAUCUAGAUGGCAAACCUUCUGACCCUGAAGUUCAGCCGAUUAGCACAGAACCAUGCACCCCUGGCCCCCCGACAGCACCUAGCGAAACCCCCGCCCCUUCCGCUGAAUCUUCUGCCACUUCAGACUCGGCAACAGUAACUUCCAUUACCACCUUGGAAACUGUUCCUAGUCUUCUCAGCAAAAGUAAAACAAACACAUCAGUUAAACCGACAAGUCCAUUGUCAAAUGGGAUGGUUUCAGAUAUUCAAGUGGCAAUUUCUGUCGUUUCCACUGAAGAAGUGUCCACUCCAUUUUCUGCAGAGACCAAAUCAGACUCUGCUACCAGUCCGCUUACUGUAGCUGCAGGCGCGUCAACAGGCGCUGAAAGCACAUCUGUGGCCCCGAGCUCAACUCCUCCUAAAUCUGAGACCUCCAUGACUAGCGCCUCCGCCCCUCCUCCUGCUAGCAUCUCCACUACCACUACAUCUACUGCGUGCAUAGACAUUGUUCCGUCAACCUCAUCCAGUGAAACCAACCUCGCCGACUCCAUCAUCUCCACCACCACCACCAGUGACGUUGCUUUAACGACUGCAGAUGCAAUUAGCUCUCCGCUCACGACCGACCCACUUUCCUUGAAGAAAACCAGCUCUACCCUCACAUCCGUUCCCACCUGCCUCCCCGCUUCUGAAGACUCCAGUCCAGCACUUGCCCUUGACAGUCCCAGCCAAGAUUUACCAGCAAAUUUUGACAAAAGAUCCAGUCCUAGUGCAAAAGACGCAGAUGUGGCGCUAGAGGUAGUCCAAAAGAGCAAACCAGCUGAAGAAAGUGAAAGCAAGAAAAUCAUGGCCGAUGGCAAAGGGAGUGAGCAUUGUGAGGAGGAGAAAACACCUCAAGCAACAAUGAAAGAAGCAAGUGUAAAAAAUGAAGACGUCCCACAGGCAACAGUAGAGGGAGAGGCUAAACCUGCACCAGAGAAUGAGCGUCCAAACCAAGAGGAAACAAAGAAAUAAGAAAGAAAGAUUUAAUUAUAUAUACAUAUAUAUGUACUGUUUAUGGUACAGUAUUGCUAAAUUUGGGACCAACUACUGUGACGCAGGCAGGUUAGGCCACAGUAAAGGAAAAUGAUUAAAUGAUCCAUGGCACUUCCUUAUACAGGGACCACAGCAGCACACCACACACCCGGUUGGGCCACUGGACCAAAGAACUGAGAACCAUGGUGUGUACGUUAUCAACAAUUCCAGCAGUGUCUUUUGUCCUUUUUUUUUUUUUUUUUAACUUGUGUUUGAAUUUUGCAUUGCACGUAUAUGAUUAUGUACCAUAAGACAAGUACUGUGUUUUAAAGACACCAUGUUUACAAUAGAUGGAUAAGAAAAAAUAGAUAUGACUAUUAAAUGGAAUAUUGAAUUGA